GCCUGUGCGCGGCUGCGGGGGCGGCGCGGAGGCCUCCUCACCCCUGCGCUGGGCUCGGCGGGGCGGCUGCCGCGGCGUGCGGGAGGAGCGGAGCGGAGCGGCGCGGCGCUUUGCCCUGCCCUGCCCUGCCUGCCGGCCGGCUCCUCAGGGGCAGCCGCCGCGCUGCCCUGGUCCGCCUCGGCCCGCCCUGGGGCGGGGCUUGCCCCCUGCGCUGCCGCACGUCCGCCAAGCUUGCUGGUCCGCCUCGCCUUGGCCGCGGCCUCGCUGUUGCCGGAGCCCCGUGGCAGGUCGGACGCGAGCGGUGCCUCAGCCCGGGGUCGGCGGGCUGACGUCGGAAGCGCUGCCGUGCCCGCCGGGCCGGCCGCCGCGCCGCCUUGUGUGACGCUGGCGGGGCCCGGGGCCGGCGGGGCGGUGGCACAGUCGCUUCGUGUCCCGUUGCCCCCCGCAGCUGUCCGCCCCACCCUCGGGGACGCGGGGAUCCCACGGGGUGGGCAGAGGCGCUCGUGGCUCUGUCCAAGGUCUCCCGAGGUCGCCUCUCCUGCCAAGUGCUGCUCCGGCGCCGAGACGCUUUCGUUUGUCCCUAGGGUAGUACAUGGGACACAGGAAUAUAACUUAACACCAUGGAUCUAAGAUGGAGAAGAAUCCUGAUAACGUUUUUGGCAGCUCAAGUACUACUUGUGAUAAAUGCCUUUGAGAAAGAGGAUGUCCCUGAAGAAUGGAUUCUUCUUCAUGUUGUUCAGGGUCAGAUUGGAGCAGGAAACUACAGCUAUUUGAGACUAAACCACGAGGGAAAGAUAGUACUUCAGAUGCAGAGUUUAAAAGGUGAUGCAGACUUGUACGUCUCUGAUAUGACUCUUCACCCCAGCUUUGAUGAAUAUGAGUUACAGUCUGUAACUUGUGGCCAGGAUGUUGUCCGCGUACCUGCGCACUUCCGCCGCCCAGUGGGAAUAGGGAUUUACGGUCAUCCCUCCCACCUGGAGAGUGAAUUUGAAAUGAAAGUAUACUACGAUCGGACAGUUGUGCAGUAUCCGUUUGGUGAGGCUUCUUACAACCCUGACGAGAUGGAGGCAAACCAGAAAUAUUCACAGUCUACAGAAGAUGAAUCUCAGGAUGAGGAGUCUGUUUUCUGGACUAUACUUAUUGGAAUAUUGAAAUUAAUACUUGAAAUUCUUUUCUAAAACAAAACACACUGGACUAAGUCACACUUAAGCCUGUUAAAAUUGAACAUGAAUUAUUUGCUAUAAUCUUUAAUACUCUUUGUUAUGUUUUCUGAAGAGGUAUUUGGGUAUUCCAGAAAGGAAGGGGAGGAAAAAGCCAUAUUUAAUUUUAUAUUGUAAAUCCUCUCCUACAUGUAAAAUGAGCAGCACAGUAUUUCUUUCCAGUGUUCUUUAGACAUCAGAGCUUGAAAAUUAAUUGGGAUCUUAUUUAAUUCACUUUAAAUGGGUGCUUAGGAAAAUCAACUCUAAUUUCAGUAUUUUCUAUUGUUUUUUAUAAAGAAAAGUGAAAUAAUCUGCUGCACUUCAGUGCCCCCUCUCAAUUCAGAGCAUAUUUUAAAAUAAGAUCUGCUUAUUUUCUGAGCAAGUAUCUCCUGUAAAACUCAUUACCCAUGUCUUUUGAGAGUUGAGGUGCCUAGGGUAAAGGAAGGAAAACCAGUCACCUGAGGGGAUAGAUGAUCUAUAUUUUGACUGCUUGUGCUCUGCAUUGACUCAGCCAUCUGUCAAGCAUUGGCCUGUCUAGUCACUCAUCACCUCUGCAAACCCAUGACCUGGAUCCAAGUGCAUGUUACGUUACUGUUACUGCAGGGAGAACAGGCCUUCAGCUGUUGUUACUUAUCAAUACAACACUUUAAUUCUUCAUUAAAAGCAACGCAGCAUAUAGGAUCUUGAACUUCAGAGGUGUUUUCUUACACCUCCCUUUAUAGCUUUUUGUGAUGGAUGUUUUUAGUACAUCUUUAUGCAUAAGUCAUUAGCUUGAAAAGAAAAAUUCUGCUGAAAGGAAUAUGCAGUGCAUUUUAAGAAAGUCAGGUCAUGCUAACUCUUCCUUGAAAGUUAUUUUUUUUCAGGAGUAUUUUUUGCUUUGGUUGAGUCUUUCCAAAUAACCAGUUGCUAUGCAAAUAGUGUAUAUUUAAAUUGCUCUGUACUUUUCACAGAUCUUAGUGAGGAGUGCACUGAGAUAAACAAGUAUAAUUUUAUACGAACAAUGCACAUAGAAUUUGAAUU